AUGUCAAGAUCCAGCGAACAGGAAGCAAUUCAAGCUUUACAAAGCUCUUUAGAUGUUCCUGCGGAUACUGCUCAUUCUGUUUUAGAGACCUUUAAUUGGAAUGUUCAGGAGGCCGUCAACUUUUUGACAGGCGAGUCUAUGCCAGAAAACAGAAAAAAGGAUUCUAAAUUAGGGAUUGGAUUCUUUCAUUCCUUAUUUUCUUUUAUUUUUAGUGGGUUUUACAAGUUUUGGAUGUUUUUAUCGCGAGUACCAUUACUACCAACAUUCCUUCCUAUCUUAGGCCCAAGGAAACGCUACUUAUCGCCAGCGGAUGCAGCAAAUAAAUUACUUCAGAAUUUGGAGGAACAAUAUGGUACUGAUCAUGUUGAAGUCUUCACUGAAGGUGGGUAUAUGGAAGCGUUGACACGGACAAAGCGCAAUUAUGGUGUGGCUCUUUUAUUUUUCACCAGUACAAAGAGCGAUGAAAUGGAGGACUUUUCAAAAAAAAUUCUCAUGGAUGAAGAAGUGAAAGGAUUCUUAUCCCGCCGCAACAUUCUUUGCUGGAUAGGCGACGUGUGCGAAGACGAAGCUUUCCAAGGGUCGAGAAAAUUUAAUUGUACAAAGUUUCCUUCUGCCGUAUUGGUAAUGUAUUCUCCUCAACUAUCAGAGCUUGUGGUCGCUGCUCAUUUGCAUGGACCAAUGGAUUCAGCUUUGCUUCAAAGUACUCUGACGAACGCAUUAGCACGCCACCUGCCUUCUCUUGAGAGAUUCCGUACAGAGAGAGAAGAAAGGGAAACUGCAAGAGAAUUAAGACGUCAACAGGACGAUGCUUAUCAAGCAUCGCUUGCCCGUGAUCGUCAGAAACAACAACAAGCUAAGAAAGAACGUGAAAACAAACAAAAGGAAGAAGAAGAAAAAGAGAGACUAGAAAAGUUAUCUGUACAGUAUCGAUCUUGGCUGGCGGUUAACAUUCCCUCCGAACCUCAGGCCGGUGCUAAAGCAGCUCGCCUUUCUAUUCGUUUGCCUGAUGGAUCUCGUGUUAUUCGGAAAUUUGAGGAAGAUGAUUACGUGAAAAAUAUUUACGAAUACGUGGACACUUUGCUUUUUGCUAAAGAAAAUCCAGAAGCUUAUGAGGCAGCUAUGUCUUCAUCCGCUAACAUUACCCCACCUGAUGGAUAUGAACACAAAUUUCAAUUUAAUCUUUAUUCUUCUCUUCCGAGGGAACUUUUGGUAACCGGUGCAAAAAUUAACAACCUUCCUUCCGUUUUCCCUAGUGGUACCGUCGUAGUUGAAUUAGAAGAUUAA